AUGGAAAGCCUCUUCCAGUUUCUGUUCUCCCCCCUGCCCACCCCAGCCCUCAUCUCCAUCUUCAUCCUGGGUGCUGCCGUCCUGCUGUGGCUCAACUCCCGGCAGAAACCGGUCACACCCUCAGUCGACCUCAACCGACAGACUGUGGGAAUCCAGGGUGGAGCAAGGAAGAGCACCGCAAUGGAAAAUGACAAUCUGAUUUCAUACUAUUACGAAGAUGCGCGGACAUUGUAUGAGGUUUUUCAGAGGGGUCUGCAUGCAUCAGGCAAUGGUCCCUGCUUGGGGUAUAGGAAGCCAGGACAACCCUACCAGUGGCUAAAAUACAAACAGGUAUCAGAUCGAGCACAGCACUUGGGCUCAGGGCUGCUGCACAGAGGUCUCUGUCCUUCCCCAGAUCAGUUCAUUGGCAUUUUUGCCCAGAACAGGCCAGAGUGGAUCAUAUCAGAGCUGGCCUGCUACACCUACUCCAUGGUAGCCGUUCCUCUCUAUGACACACUGGGCCCCGAAGCACUGGUUUUCAUAAUUAACAGAGCUGACAUCUCUACUGUGCUGUGCGACAAACAGGAAAAGGCAGAGCUACUCCUGAGUAACUGUGAAAAGGAGCUCACACCAGUGCUAAACACCAUCAUACUCAUGGAUGCCUUUGACCCGGAUCUGAUCGACAGGGGCUCAAAGUGUGGGGUGGAUGUCCUGUCCCUAAGGGAGGUGGAGACUCUGGGAAAAGACAACAAAAAAGAUCCUGUUCCUCCGAAGCCAGAGGACCUCUGCAUUGUGUGUUUCACUAGUGGGACCACAGGAGAUCCAAAGGGUGCCAUGCUAACACACGAGAAUGUGGUUUCAAAUGCAGCUGGCGUGCUUAGGAGCUUUGAGCGCUCCUUUGCCCCGGUUCCCCAGGACGUCUCCAUUUCCUUCCUGCCUCUGGCUCACAUGUUUGAGAGAGUUGUCCAGACAGCAAUGUAUGGUGCCGGAGCCCGGGUUGGCUUUUUCCAAGGAGACAUUAGACUCCUUCCUGAUGACAUGAAGACACUGCAGCCCACCAUUUUCCCUGUGGUCCCCCGCUUGCUCAACCGAGUGUAUGACAGGGUUCAAAGUGGAGCCCAGACACCUUUCAAAAAGUGGCUGCUCAAUUUUGCCGUUGAGAGGAAGCACUUGGAAGUGAAGCAGGGGAUAAUCCGAAAUAACAGCAUCUGGGACAGGCUGGUCUUCCACAAAGUCCAGGAGACUCUCGGGGGGCGGGUCCGUGUGAUGGUGACGGGGGCGGCGCCCAUCUCCCCCUCUGUCCUCAGCUUUCUCAGGGCGUGUCUCGGAUGUCAGAUUUUUGAGGCAUAUGGCCAGACUGAGUGCACAGCUGGCUGCACCUUCUCUGCAUCAGGAGACUGGACAUCCGGACAUGUUGGCAUUCCUCUUCCGUGUAACAUUGUGAAACUUGUUGAUGUCGAAGAAAUGAACUAUUUUGCAGCAAAUGGAGAAGGGGAGGUCUGUAUUAAGGGAAAAAACGUGUUCAGGGGAUAUCUGAAGGACGAAGACAAGACUGCCGAGGCUCUGGAUAAAGACGGUUGGCUCCACACAGGGGACAUUGGGAAGUGGCUGGCGAGCGGAGUCCUGAAAAUCAUUGAUCGGAAGAAGAACAUCUUUAAACUGGCCCAGGGAGAGUACAUUGCCCCCGAGAAGAUUGAAAAUGUGUAUGUGAGGAGUGGGCCAGUGGCUCAGGUGUUUGUGCAUGGAGACAGCUUGCAGGCUUGCCUGGUGGGUAUUGUGGUUCCAGACCCAGAAGUACUUCCCGGUUUCGCUGCCAAAUUAGGAGUGGAGGGUUCUUUGGAGAAGCUCUGCAAGAAUCAGAAAGUAAAAAAAGCCAUACUAACUGACCUAAUAAAACUGGGUAAGGAGGCGGGGCUGAAGUCCUUUGAACAAGUCAAGGAUCUUCAUCUUCACCCGGAACAGUUCAGCAUUGAGAACGGCCUCCUGACUCCCACGCUGAAAGCCAAGAGGGCCGACUUGACCAAGUUCUUCAAACUGCAAAUCGACAGCCUCUAUGCCAACGUUCAGUGA